GGUCGGGGGAAGGGAGGUUUUGAAGUCCACAUUGAUACUGGUUAGGUGCAGGAUUUUUUUUUCUGCAGCAGUUUGUAGAAUUGUUGGAAAUGGUGAAAGCUUCAGUUUGGUUUGAUAAACUCUCCGUCCUGACAUCUGCCCAAGUGGAACAAUCUUGAAAUGGAAGCCAAAAAAGUGAUUGUGAAAGUGUCUCUGGAAAUAGGAUGGAAUCAGAGACAGGAGCUGAAGUUGGAAAACAUCAAGUGCAGCAUGGAGAGAACCAGGAAAGCUGGGAUCAAGCUAAGCACAAACAAAUGCAUUAUGAAGUUAACAACAUGACGAUUCUUCUGAUGAAGUCAAGCUGAGUCCCAAGAAAGUGAGACUAAGCACAGGCAUGAUGGGACAAAAGAUCUCUUACUGGGACCAGCUGGAAUGGAUGUGUGUUGUAAUGUUGUUAGCAGUUUCAUCGUUUUCCAGGUCCUAUAUCAUAAUGCCACUCCACGUCUCUCCAUUCUGCUGAGCUGUGGAUACAAGAACUUAUCUCGGGAACAGAAAACGGAAUGGAACUCGAGAUGUGUCUCCACAAUUCAUGCUGUUGUAGUUGGAGGACUAGCUUUAUAUAUCCUUUGGUUCGAUGAUCCUGUCAACAAAGACCACAUCUGGGGGGAUCCCAAACUAGUGAAGCUUAAUAUAGCAAUCGCUUCAGGCUACUUGAUUUAUGAUUUAAUGCUUCUCAUUUGGCACUGGAAGACAUUGGGAGACAGCUUUUUCCUCAGUCACCAUUUGGCAGCACUCUAUGCAUACCAGUACGUGUUGGGACGAGGGCUCCUUCCAUAUUUUGCUAAUUUUCGCCUGAUUGCUGAGCUGUCCACACCAUUUGUAAAUCAGCGGUGGUUCUUUGAGGUUCUGCGGUUUCCCAGAAAUGCCAGAUUGGUUGUGUUGAAUGGUGUCGCCAUGACUGUGAGCUUCUUCCUUGUGCGCAUUGCUGUGAUUCCGUCCUACUACCUUCAAAUGGCUUCUACCUUUGGGACAGCAGCCUUUCACCGCCUGGGCCUUGGGCCACAGUGUGCUUGGAUCAUUUCCAGUGUUGCUCUGGAUAUUCUGAACACAAUCUGGAUGUAUAAAAUCGCCAGAGGGUGCUGGAAAAUUCUGUUUGCAUCCCAGAAGUACCGGAAAACUAAGCUCAGCCAGGAGUUUAUAGAGAAGUAACAGUUUUUUCCACAUUGUCAUUGUGCUGAAACUUUAAUCAUUCAAUCUACAUCAAAUCAAUACUCUUGAAAACUUACAAUUACAUUUGAGAUUUUUGACACAAAUCCAUAAAUGUUUUUUAUGUCAUGUUGCAGCUGAGACAUUGAGUCAAUUGAAGAUGACACAAUUCUGUAUAUAGUCUUAGGCUUGUAUAAACUGAGCCAAAUAAUUCAUUCAAUCACAGUCAGAAACUAAUCAUCAAUUCUUCGUCUAUCUGUAACAAUAAGGACAAUACCUCAAGACUGAAAAGUGCCUAAGAGCCAACCUCAGCCAAGCUCUCCAGUGCUGGGCUAGACAGACACCUGGAUCAAAAGGUUUGUGGCUCAACAGGAAAUUGCUUUGUAAAAUUGUCUCAUUCACAUUCUUCCAGACUUGCUCGUUGAGCAUACUUGUGCCAAGGUUAGCUAGAAAAAAAACGUCAGUGUUCAGUGUGUAUCUCCUCGUGUGUGCCAGUUUUUCCUCCUUUUUCCACUUACUUUGAACCAGUUACUCUAUUCUUUCAACUGCCACUGGUGCCUGUCUCUGUUAUUCCAGAUUACAAGAGCACCCACCUCGGAUCCUUGACAUUGCAUCAGCAGUUCCUGACUCUGUAAAACCCUCAGAUUAAGGAAUUCAAAUUAUUUCCCCUCUCACCCUUUCAAGGUGUGUGUAUAUAUUUAAAUGAGAAAGAACAUUGUGAACAUACUAGAGAGUCGUGUGUAAAAGAAGUAUACUGGUGCUUCUCAAAGACAGCAGUAAGAUGAUGACCAGAUAAUCUGUUUUACUGUUGUCGGUUGAAAAUCAUCAUAGACAGGUAGUAGGGAUAACUUGCCUGCUCUUCUUCGUCUGGUGGGAUCUUCUUCGUGUACUUAAGGGGCAGUAAGGGCCUUGGUUUAACAUUUUGUCUGAAAGAGUACAGAGGGUGCUGCGCCUUCUGUACUGAACUGGAAUGUUUGCCUGGAUAAUAGGCUGAAAUUCCGGGAGUGGGAGCCUCAAUCUCAUAACCUCCACAGAGCCAUAGCCCGCAGUCAAGUUUAAACCUAGGCAGACCAGAGUCAAAAUAUAUUUAAGUUAAUUAUGUAGUUUCACAAUUGGAAUAUCAUUUAUUAAUAGUUUGAGUAUUAAAAUAAGGAUUUUUAGAAACAGAAAAGGACUGUGACCCAAUAGAUUAAUCCCCUUUUUAUUGACUAACCCUUCCUAUUUACUCUUUGACCAUGUCCAGCAGUCUCUGCUCUUCAAAAACCCAUCUAAUUUAGGUUAACUUAGGUUACUGCAGAAACUGGUUGUUGAAAAUAUCAAGUUUUGCUUUUUUUUUUGCAAACCAGCUGUGUAAUCCCAUUCCCCACACAUUUCUAUAACUUCACUUUAACUGAUAAGUGUAUCUAUGAAAUGCAUCUGUUAAUUAAUCAGUAUCAAGUGGCACCAUUAAUUGUCCAUUUAACUCGUUGGUGUAGAUGAAUAAAAGUUUGAACGGAGAGCUAGCAUAGAUUUAUAAAGGCUAAGGUAUUUCUAAUGAAGGUAAUUUUUUUAAAGGAAAUAGUUAAUGUAGUAGUUAGAGGGGAAGAGCUGGGCUGGUUGUGUGGUGCAGUGGGGGAUGGGGAAACCAAGCGGAGGCUUGGGGACCGCUUUGCAGAACACCUCCGCUUGGUUCGCAAUAAACAACUGCACCUCCCAGUCGCAAACCAUUUCCACUCCCCCUCCCAUUCUUUCAAUGGCAUGUCCAUCAUGGGCCUCCUGCAGUGCCACAAUGAUGCCACCCGAAGGUUGCAGGAACAGCAACUCAUAUUCCGCUUGGGAACCCUGCAGCCCAAUGGUAUCAAUGUGGACUUCACCGGCUUCAAAAUCUCCCCUUCCCCCACCGCAUCCCAAAACCAGCCCAGUUCAUCCCCUCCCCCCCACUGCACCACACAACCAGCCCAGCUCUUCCCCUCCACCCACUGCAUCCCAAAACCAGCCCAGCCUGUCUCUGCCUCCCUAACCUGUUCUUCCUCUCACCCAUCCCUUCCUCCCACCCCAAGCCGCACCGCCAUCUCCUACCUACUAACCUCAUCCCACCUCCUUGACCUGUCCAUCUUCCCUGGACUGACCUAUCCCCUCCCUACCUCCCCACCUAUACUCUCCUCUCCACCUAUCUUCUUUUCUCUCCAUCUUCGGUCCGCCUCCCCCUCUCUCCCUAUUUAUUCCAGAACCCUCACCCCAUCCCCCUCCCUGAUGAAGGGUCUAGGCCCGAAACGUCAGCUUUUGUGCUCCUGACAUGCUGCUGGGCCUGCUGUGUUCAUCCAGCACCACAUUUUAUUAUCACGUAACCACUACCUUUUUGUCUUAUUGCUGUUCUUUACACUACAUGGUAAGUAUCAAUCAGAGCUUCUACUGGUACACUGGCCAAAUAAUCUUCAGUAACAUAAGCUGCCACAUAAGUGUGAAGGGUUAGUGAUAACUUUAUUUUUAAACUGUGAAAACUCUUUUCUCCCUUUUGAGUUUCCUCAGUUUCAAUUCAAUCUUUUAGGUUAUAUCAGACUCUUACUCAUCAGUUCUGUAACUUAGCACACAUCCAAACCAUUUGUGGUUUAAUCUCUACCAUCGGUGAGGUAAGAGGCAGAUCCUGAAUCUGUCCCAGCCAGAAGAUGAAUCAGAUGUUGUGCUGUUGGCAUCACAUGAUUCUCAAUAACCAUCCUGACAAUCAGCUCCCCGAGCAGUCCCAGUUACUGCUGAAGCAUGCACUGUGCUGUUGUAUUUGUAUGUAGCCUGGAGCUAAGGUGGAGGCUCCAGUGUCCUAUCUAUCAUGUGGCUGACCAGGAAUCACUCCCACUCUUACCAUCUCCAAUGGCAUGUGUUGGGAAUGACUUACAAAUUGAUAAUCAAUCUAUUUGGUGACAUUGUGAAAACGUCUUCUUUGGGAUGGAAUAAAAUUAAUUAAGUUUAACAUUGGUAAUGAGGAAAUUAAUGGAACUCAAGAGUAACAAAUCCCCAGGACCUAAUGGUUUCCAUCAGAGGGUGUUAAAGGAAGAGGGAAAGCACUUUAUACAUACCCUAACUAUAAAUUUUCAGAGUUGCCUAAAUAUCAGAGCUGUCCCUCUCAGUUGGAAAACUGCAGAUAUCAAUCCACUUUUUAGGAAAAGCGAAAGAUGCUAGAUGUGACCAGUGGUGUCCCACAGGGAUCUAUGUUAGGGCCUCAAUUAUUCACAUUAUUUAUUGACAACUUGGAGAAUAGCAUAAAAAGGUAAAAUUUGCUGAUGACACAAAGUAAGGCAGCAUUAUAGAAAAUGUAGAUGACAGCACAAAAUUCCAAAGCGAUACUGAUAGGCUAGGUGAACGGGCAAAACUGUGUCAAAUGGUAUUCAGUAUAAACAAAUGUGGGGUUAUCCAUUUUGGACUGAAAAAGGAGAGAUUAGAGUACUUUCUAGAUGGAAUGAAGUUAAUACAACAGAUAUCCUAAGACACUUAAAGGUUCAGGCACAUAGAUCUUUGAAAUGCCACAAACAAGUGCAUAAAAUAAUGAAGAAAGCUAAUGGAAUGCUCAGUGACAUCCUUGACCCUGGCACUGGGGAAGAAACACCUCACCCCCGCCUUCCCAAAAUCAGUACCCAAAGUGACAUACCAGUUUGGUAAAGGAAUGGCCAGAGGAUACGGCUGCACUGCCUACCCACGCUCAUUGGUGGUGUGACCAGUUCACUAAAUAUGUUAUCCACAACAUUCCCAGCCUCCUGGAUGCUCCACAGAGAUCCCAGGCAUGGCAUCCAGCAAAUCAGGAGCUGCAGCUGAACACAUUUUCUGCAUAUGUAAUGAGAAUGGAUACUUGAAGUGUCCCUGAUUUCCCACCUAUUGCAGGAGGAGCAUUCCAUGGCGCCAAGUUCUCCUGCCAUUUUCAACCUUGUCAACUAAAUCAACUUAUCAACUACAGACAAUAACCCAAUGACCCAUUCAUUACUAAACUCGGGUUUCCCCAACCCUGCUCAUUAUUCCUAGCAGACUAUAACUACAAAAGGUAAAUACGUUGUUUCUCUCCAGAUGCUACUCACUGUGUGCGAAUCUGGUUCCAGAGCAGCCAAGCCCAGACAUCACCUCCAGAGUUCUGCCCUUAGAUUGAGCUCCACUCUGUUGAUGUUCACCCCAAGGCUCAGUCUCCGCAACCUUCUUGCUGCUGCGCUUACUGCUCAGACUGACAUUGCUCCUUGGGUAUUUGUGCUGCUGUUCACCCCCAGGUUCACUCUCCUUCAUUCCAUUGCUGCUGCUGUCAUUGCUCAGACUGACCAUUGCCUGAGAGUUAGGGCCAGACUAUUAAGGAGAAAUGUUAGGAAGCAUUUCUACAUACAGUGGUAAAUAUUUGGAACUCUCUUCUAAAAAUGUCACUGGAUGCAGGAUCAGUUCUUAAUUUUAUACUUCUGUUGAACAAAUGUUUAUUCAAGUUAGAUAUUAAGAGGUACGGACCAAAGGUAAGCAUUUAGAAUUCGGCCACGGAUCAGUCAUGAUCACACUGAAUGGCAGAACAGGGCUUAAGGGGGCUAAAUGGCCUACUCCUGUUCCAACUUUCCUACGGCCAUCAAGUCCUGAAUGGGACAUCAAUUCAGAGAUGGGUAUGCUACAACUGAGCCACAUGACCUCCUGAUUUUGGAAUCUUACAUAAUGCUUUUAGUAAAAAAUUCAGUGAUGCCUCAAACACACUUCCCACAAAGAAAACAAUACAUUAUCAUUAAAUUCCACAUCCUUGGAACAUCAUUCUGUUCCUAAUACAGUAUUUUAUAUUUGACUGUGCCAGUACUUCCAGUUGGGAAAACCCAGCACCUUGUACAUUACCACUAGUUUCUUGCACUGCACUUUCCUUGUCCUUAUAAUUGGGUCCCAUGUCAACGGCUUUAUAAUUGAAUUUGUCAAUAAUCCUGUUGAAUAUUGGGAUUCAUGUUGUUGUGUCCAAAAGAACUGUAUACCUAGUAGUUCCUACGUGUUCCUUAGAUAAAAACUCCUAUUGGUGUGAGAUUUGUAAUUUUCCUGCACUUGGUGUGAAAGGAUUUAUAUCACAGAUGUGUUACGGCACAGACGUGCAUUCGGUCCAUCUUGCUUACGUUGACUCAUUAAAUGUGGAUCAUUACCUACCGCCAGUCUCCUGCUCUGUCCCCAUACCCUUCCACACUAUUUUUAUCCAAGUAAUCUCCCAAUGCCCUCUUGAAUGCUUCAUUUGAACAUGCCUCCACCACAUUUUCAGGCAGUGCAUUCCAAACCCUAACCACUAACUGUAGUAGAAAGUAUUUUCUCAUUUCACCAUUGCUUCUUUUGCACAUUAAUUCUAUGCAUUCUUGUUUCUUUCAUGAACGGGAACAGUUUGUCAUUGAAAUGUAUAGGAUUCUUAAGGGGCUUGACAGGGUAAAUAUUGAGAUGUCUUUCCUCGAGAGAGUCUGGGGCCAGGAGCAUAGUUUCAGAAUAAAGGGCAAAUUUAAGACUGAGAUGAGGAGGAAUUUUGUCUCUCGGAGGAUUGAAGGUCUUUGGAACUUCUUGUGUAUAUUUAAGGCUGAAAUAGAAUCUUUAUCAGUAGAGGAAUCAAAGGUUACAGUUGAAGGGCAGGAAAGUGGGCACGAGGAAUAUUGGAUCAGCCAUGAUCCUACUGAAUGGUGGAGCACAUUCAAGGGCAGAACUGCCUACUCCUGUUGCUACUAUUUAUGAUCCUAUAAUUUUUACCUACCUACUUCAUCCAGCUCAUUCAUUAUUUUGAAAACCUCCGUCUUCGCCUUCUCACCUAGGAUAACAGUCCCAGUUUCUUCAGUCUGUCCUCGUAACUGAGCAUCUUCAUUCCUAGAACCGUUCUCUUAAAUGGCCUUUGCACCUCUGCAAUGUGUCCACAUUUUUACUAUAAUGUGGGAUCUGUAUAUAAUCCUUCAACUGAUUUUUAACAAGUGUCUUAAAUCCUGUUAACAAUUUAACAAUUAAAGUGUCUUAUAGUCAAAUGAACCUGUGUCACAGGCCAAUUAAUAAAAUGUUAUAUUGAGCAUGAAAGUAAAAACAACUGCAGUUACUGCCUUCUGUAUUGAAAUUCUGUG